CCGGUCUGCAUGCCAGAGUAACGGUAGUCGUUUCCUCAGAUCCCCCAAUUGUCUGGGUUUGUUGACGUUUGCAGAAGUGCAGCAGUAGUUAGUAACGGGGCUCUGCCCCAUGUUUAGACCAGUCGUGUGACAGUCAGCGAAGCUAGCCAGCUAGCUGGCUGGCUUAAAUGGGUUUUCGUGUGAGAAGAUGAUCGCUUCACUCUCGAGAGGAAGUUUGAUGGAUGAGGUUCUUCACGGAGGCUUCAACGAGCAGCAGCAGCUGGCAGCAUAUGUUUCCUGGGUGAACUCUCAGCUGAAGAGGAAACCAGGCUUAAAGCUCAUCACAGACCUCAGGCAUGAUCUGCAGGAUGGGGUUGUGCUCACACAGCUAAUCGAGAUAGUUGCUGGGGAGGUGCUGGAAGGAGUGUAUGCUGCUCCACAAAACAAAGAGGAGAGCAGGAAGAAUGUGGAGGAAGUCUUGCGCUUCAUUUCCUCCAGGCACAUACGCAUGCCUCACAUAUCCGCAAGAGACAUUGUCGAUGGUAAUCUGAAAUCCGUAAUGAGGGUAAUUCUGGCAUUGGCGGCCCAUUUCAAACCCACAGCCAAUCACAGGAAUGCUUCUGGGAGCGGGAGGAGGUUGACGAGAGGCCAUGCCAGUCACAACCCUCUCUCCACUGUUGCUCUAGCUCAGGGUGCCGCUGCUACUCUGGCAUCAGCUCGACACGAUGCCUCGCUGCCCACACAUACCGCACGCCUCCACAGUGGCUGUGGAUUGGAUGGGGAGAAGAGUGUGUGUGUCCGUGCACUGGUUGAACAGUAUGAAAGAGGAGCCCCAGAUGAACAGGAUAACCCUCAGCAUAGCAGCCUCAGCUCUGUUAGUCCGCUGUCAUCACCAAGAGCUCCACCGAGCAGCCACUCAGACAGGCAGGAGCAAGACCAGGAGCAACAGCAAAGCAGUGCCGAGUCAUCUCAAGUUGCAGUGGAGAUGGCAUGGGGGGACUCUCUCAAUGAUACUUUGGAGAAAGAGGUGCAGGAGACACGAAAAAUGGUGUCUGCAUUACAGGCUCUGCUGCUGCGUGGUUCGCUGCCCGAGGACGAGCAGGAUGCGUCUUUGACUUUGGAACAAGGGAACACAUCUGAACAGCAGCUGGUAGUCAUUCGCAGUCGUUUAGAUCAGAGUAUGGAGGAAGCUCAAGAGCUGAAGAGGGAACUGUUGUGCUGUAAGCAGGAAGUGAGGAACCUGCAGGGAGUCAAGGACGCCCAGCAGCAGAGACUCUGCACUCAGGAGGCGCUGAUUCUGCAGAUGAAGCAAGAGCUGCUCAGAGCCAGCAUGACGAAGGAUGAACUCAACAGCAAAAAUGCAGAGCUACAGUGGAAGCUGGAGGAAUGCAACAGGCUGUGGGCUGAAUGCAAGAAGGAGGUCGCUCAGAAGGACAGACUUCUACAGCAACUCAAACACAAGCUCGAAGAAAGCCAGGACAUGCAGAAUGAACUACAAAGAGAGUUGGAACAUAAAAAUGGCAUGGUGCAGGAGCUGAUGAGCAGAGAUCCACAACAGAUUCCCACCAGUGCAGAAAAUAAUGGCUGUUCUUACCCUGGAAAUCCUGCUCCUUCUUUGUCUGGCCAGGCAGAAGAAGUUCAGCUGCUCAGAGAUGCACUUCGGAGUUUGAGGAACAACUUCAGAGACCACGACCCGCAGCACCAUACACUGGACACCCUGGAGCAGGGCAUUGUAUCACUCAUUGACAGGCUGCAUGUUCUGCACACGCAGAGGGGAAGAGGGAAAUCUCCGAGAUGCAAAGCCCAACACGGAGAUUUGGACUCGUUGUCUUCCGCAAAGAAUUGUCAGUCCCACAGUGGUUCAUCUUCCUCCACAAAAAUCCUUUAUUUUACUGGAAAAUCCCCAACGCCUUCAAUGAUCACUAUACCGAAGAGGCUGGGUGAGGUGACUCUCAAGGAUGUUAAGGCAGCUGUUGAUCGAGAGGGAAACUACAGGUACCACUUUAAAGCCCUGGACCCAGAGUUUGGCACUGUGAAAGAAGAGGUAUUCCUGGAUGAAGCAAUUGUUCCAGGUUGGGAAGGAAAAAUAGUGGCCUGGGUAGAAGAGGACUGUGGCGAGGAAAGGCCGCUGUAGGUUCAAACUGAGAGGCUCUCGACACUUUUUACUGUGAUCCCAGAGGCACAUUAAGGCAGCAAAGGCACAAGUGGACUGGACCUUCUAUCAAAAUACUGUAGGAGCACGAGGUUUGGGUUCAUUGUAACUGAUGUCCAUAAUAGUGUAAAAGUCAGUGCCUUACACGGUAAAGCUAUUUAUGGACUCAGAAAUAACGUUUUAAAGGACCUGUCGAAAACCACAGUAGUGUUGUUGUUUCACCACAACUACAGAACAUUUACUGUAGUCACUGUUUAGUUUUUUAUUACUUGUUCAUCAGUGUUGCCUUCAAAGAGACACCACCAGAUUACAUGUUACAAAUUUAUGUUUUCUGUUAUGUCUUCAGGUACGUUACAGUUUUCAUUAAUAUAAGCUGUUACCUUCAGAUAAAGAAAUAGGAUUUGGGGGAGGGGGGGUGUUGUACAUGUUUUGCGCUCUGAUUUGUCUAAACUGUGGUCGACAAAAUAUAGAGAGACAAGACACGACUGUAUUUCUGUGUUUCGUGUUAGUUACAUAUGAUGGCAUGGUGGUCAAAAGGACUCAUUUGUGAACUAAUUCAAGAGGAUAGUUGAAUGUGGCUUUGUAGCCAAUCGGCGUGCCUUGUAAGCAUGCUCAGAUUGAACUUCUGUUAGUAAAAACGAAUUUUGUGUAAAUUUGUGUCUUCACUAUGCCUUUAAAUAUAUUAAUUUUAUGCCUGCUGUUUGUUUAAAGAGAUUAUGAACCGAGGAUGUCCCUCCUCUGGUCGAAAUAUGCUCUGGAUGUGAAUUUUACAUCAGAACGUUCACAGGAUCCUUGUUCUGUAACAUUUAGCCAUCUUUCUAUUUACUGUGUGCGGGUGUAUGUGUGUGUGUACACACACAGAUGCGUGUGUUUGGGAAGUUAAACUGGUUGUCACACAUGUCAUUGUUUUUCCCUGCCCUUGUCUUGCCAUUUGGGAUAAACUCCUACAGAAUCCAGCAGAAUCCAUGCAGAUGUCUGUUUAUUAACUCCUGCUUGAAUACCACGACUGGCUGUACUGUAGAAUGUAGAAUAUACUGGUGAGAGGAUUAUUGAACACCUGAGCUGUUUGCUAAAAGUUAUUUUUUAAGUGAAUACUGUCUGUUAACAGCUUUUAUUGUACGUUAGGUAUUUUUGAAAUAAAA